CGAUUUCCGAUUUCUACUGAUCAUAUUAUAUCCUGUACAUCUGCGCAUCUCGACUAAUUUAAACCGGUCGAACGUUUCUUCACAGCUCUCGACUUAAAUCGCAAUAAGCAGGACUUCAACGCAAAUAUGUCACAAGCUGGAGGAGCAGGCGGGUACAACAACCCGUUGAAGAAAUUCAAGCUGGUAUUUCUCGGCGAACAAAGCGUCGGCAAGACCUCCUUGAUAACGCGGUUCAUGUACGAUUCUUUCGAUAAUAUGUACCAAGCCACGAUCGGUAUCGAUUUCCUUUCAAAGACAAUGUACCUUGAAGAUAGAACGGUGCGAUUGCAAUUGUGGGAUACAGCUGGCCAAGAACGUUUCAGGAGUUUGAUUCCUUCCUACAUACGAGAUUCCAGCGUUGCGGUGGUCGUCUACGAUAUUUCAAAUGCUAAGUCCUUCCAAAAUACGAAGAAAUGGAUCGAUGAUGUACGCGCGGAACGAGGAAACGACGUGAUAAUCGUGCUGGUGGGGAACAAGACCGACUUGAACGACAAGCGAGAAGUCACUACGGCGCAAGGUGAAGAGGAGGCUAAAAGGAACAAUCUAAUGUUCGUCGAGACGAGUGCGAAGUUGGGUCAUAACGUCAAGAAUCUCUUUAGGAGGAUAGCGCAAGCUCUUCCCGGCAUGGAGGGGACAGACGCAGCAGCACAGGCUUCAUCACAGAUGAUCGAUGUCAAGACUAACACCCAAACGUCUCAACAGGAAGGAUGUGCGUGCUAGAGGAUGUGAUGUUCCUCCGUAUUAAAGGAGAAUCUGCGACAUUGCGGGGAGGAGAGCGAGGGCCACGCAGGAUAUUUCCGUGCAUAGCGAAUGAACAAGUCAAAAGUUGUUGUAUAAUACGAGUCAAUCCACGAAGCAAAGUAACGAGACGAGGACCAGUACGGCCAUUACGGGUAUGACGUUUAGUAUAUGUAAUCACCUUUUCAGAUUCCAAUUUG